AUCUCUCUCACCUUUUUCAUCACCCUCAUCACCCUCACCUGGGUUAUAGCGCACCUGAAGAACUACCACCUCCACCCUGAAAUCUUCAGAACGACAUAUCAAUUAUUAACCUACCUAGUAAUAUUAUCCUUCCCAUACACAGCCAUUUUUCUGCCAUCUACAUUAUUUUUUAUUUCUCUUCCCCCUUCAUUCCCCCUUCAUGUUGGUGUGUUUUGUCCUAUUACCGUCAACUUUUAUUAAAUUCAAUUGCCAUUCGUAGCCCUCAAUUACCCUUAACAGAGGUACAUCAUCAGACGCUCGACUUAUUCCUCAUUGGAAGUAGGUGCGGGUCAAAAUACCCACAACCACAAGUAAGUCGCCGCGGUCAACUCUCAUGAUUUAUCUGGUCUUUAAAAAGAAUGUCAAAUUAACUAAACAGCCCCAAGUCGGGUUGAAAUGUUGAUAUUUAUUUCCCUCUAACUUCCUUUUCCCGGUACAAUCCCGGUAUAUUUUUAUCUACUUUAAAAGUUCCCCUGGCUAAAAUAUGUCUAAACCUAGAGGGCCGUCCCUGAUAAAGGAACUCGAAAACUCUGAGGGCUUCAAUAAAAACAUGUCCUCCGCCUCUACCGCUGGUCGACGGCAAGCUCGCGGUGGAGCUCGUUCGGGUACACAUGAGAGAGGUGAAGAAGCAGCCUUGUGGACCGAGAUCACCCAAGCUCUAGCGAAGAUCAGAGCCGAAGAGAAAUCAUUCGAAGCAGAUAUUCCGGAAGCGAUCAUGAAUAGAGAAUCCAUCAUAGCUGACCAAUUGAAUCGUGGAAUAAGUGAGUAUACAGUCUAGCCGCAGUGAGGUUAGGUGUUGAUGAAAUCCCAGGCCCUGCUCUCGCUGCAAUAGAUGAGCUCAGCAAGUACAUUCGAGACGGCGUGAAGUUUUCCGAGUCUACAGCGGCAGCUAUACGACAGACGGUGGAAAAGAUCUCGAUCCUCUUGGCUUUGAUUAAAGGUAACGAAGCAGAACGAGGCUCCAAUUCACGGGAAUCGCAUGGAAGAUCCAGUGUUACCGACGAUGUGGGAUCUAUGGACUCCCCUGUACCUUCUCCAGCAGAAAACAAACAUGUUCGAAAGAUGGGAAAUGGCAGAACUAGCAGUUUACCACCCAAGGGAAAAGAUACCCCGAGAAAAUACGACAACGGAGAGCCUACGACGAGCACGAGCACGAGUAGUACAAAGAAGAUUGAAUUUUCCAAGGGACAGGAAGUGGCAUUCAGACCCAAACCCGAGUUCCCAACGACGGAAACGGAUUGGAUCCAGGGAAAAGUUACAAAGGUUAUUGGGGAGGGCAAAAGCCGGCGGUACAAGGUUGAAGACGUCGCUCCUGACGAAGGGAAGCAACCUAAGGAUUUCCUCACCUCAGCAUCUUCCAUGUGUCCUAUCCCACCAGAUGACGCUAUCCUUGGCCCCUACGAUGUCGGGAAGCGCGUACUCGCGCUCUAUCCUGAGACAACGACAUUUUACCGAGCCGAAGUCAAAGCAAUGCUGGAUGAUGGUAAUAGAGUUAGAUUAAUCUUUGAUGGAGAUGAGGAUUCUACAAAGGAAGUUGAACGGCGAUUUGUUCUUGAUCAUUCGGGGUAAAACGGCGUGGGAGUAAUAUAUGUCUCAAGGGACCUGGUGGCACUGAUGAUUUAUCUGGCGUUCCUUCUUUCCUCCCGUCUUCCCUUCCUUCAUCGGGGAUCUCUCUUGGUACAGGAACAUUUGGAAUAAGGAUACCCCGCACAGCGUUUGGACUUUUAUAAUUUAUAUGGGGGAUAGACGGAGUUUGGGGUGGUUAAUUACUCUCAGCGGACUCUGGUGUACAGGACACGACGGCCGUCGCGUUCAGGAGUAUUCUUUUUGAAUUAUGAAAAAGGUGAUUCGAAGUCGUUACACAUGUACCUUAUGAGUACGGAGAUACAUGACGGUUAAAGUUAAAUAUACUCGAUUAAGCUAAAUACAAAUACCAAAUUUGAUAAUUUCACCAUCUCAUAAUUCGGAAAGAACCGAAACUGCCCCUCCUCAUCCACAUGGUUGAGAUAUGCGGUCCUCAAUUUCAGGUAUUAU